AUGGAUCCAACCUCGAGAUCCCCCGACCUUCCAGAUCGCUCUGCCUCCGCUGAAGCCAGCUCGACCCGGCCGAACCCUUUUGAUGACAGCGAUAUCUCGUCUCGCAAACGCCGGCGUACUUCUCUCUCUGGAUCUCCUGCCAAUCCCCUCGAUACAGUAAAUCCCAUUCGCGACUCUUCUAGCUCCACCACCCUCGACACCGAUUCUGUUAUACCUCGACCCUCGGUUGCAGACCCUCCGUCAAACCCCGUUGCGCCUGGAACACCAGAGUCAGGAUCUCCCAUAUGCGAACGUCCGGCAGAACCUCCUUCCAGCAUGGUCACCAUCAAUCUCAGAAAUGUAGCUCAGGUAUACUCAUCUUCAGUGUCUCCUUCUCCCAAUGCUGUGGUUCAGCCAGCUGCGAUUGGGAAUGCGACUGAUGCUGCCAACGAGCAGGUUCAAGAGAGUGUGGAAGAUUCUGAAGUCGAUAUGGUUCCAGCUCCUCAAGUUCAUGAUAUCACGCGGCCAAACUCUCCACAGUCAGCGAGUCCGCCUAUCGAGGUUAUUCCCGUACAAUCAGACGAGGAUAUGCUGUCUGACCAGCAUAGUGCUGGCCUUUCCAUAAUCGAGGAUGAUCCCACCAUGAUUGAUCCCAUUCAUGAUUUUCCGUUCAAUGAGCCUGGCGAGACAAUGGAGGGGAUGGUAGUACGGCUCACGAACUAUCUUGGAACACAAUCUUCAAUUGACGCAUCGGUCAUUCAUAAACUGCAGCAAUGGCUAAACCGAUAUCUUGACUACAUUAGGAGCGCUGGUCGAUCAACGGCCAUGGAGUCAUGUCGUCUCCAUGUCCCUUUUUGGGUGACAUUCCCACGCAUUGUUCCAGCGAUGGCUUUCCGUCGACCUCCAAUUUAUGAUGACGAAGCUUUGUGGGAAGACAGUAAUGCAUUUUUCAUAGGAUUUGCCAAAUUAUCGGCUUGGUUUGUCAGUCAAGACAUCAUUUCCGUCAAGGAAUUCGUGGUAGAACAAGAGUUACGGGGCCGACAGGUACCCGAACUUUUCUCAUCGAACUACCUCCACCAUCUUCAUUCGAUAACCCUACAAAUGCGGUUUAGCGAUGACCAUGCUGACCACUUAGAACAUGCACCCUCAUGCUUCGUCAGAUCCUAUCAAGAAAGCACAGGCGGAAGCAUUAGCUGUCUUUUACAGCUGGCCAAAAGCUUGGCAGACCUCAUACCUACAUAUCCUCGAUUGACGAAUGAUUUGGCAUCGAUAUGCCAAGUAGCAUCAGAUAUCAUGACUGACUCCCUCAAUCGCCGUAUUCCGGACAAUACCUCGACAGCCAGCCAGAAACUCGAGGAUGGGUUCGCUUUGUACGAACUAGUUUGUAACAUAUUGGAUGCAAUGAUCGAGAAAACCCCUACACAGCUCUUCGCUGAUAAUGUCAUCAAGGGCAUCUCGGCUUUGUCGGAUAUGCUCAAGGCAGCACUCAGAGGCGGGCUUCCGGUUGCAAGUCGCCAAUUACAAGAGCAUCUGGCAGGGUUCCCUACAGUCUCUCGCGAUUAUGCUGUCGAGGCAAUUGCUUUGAAGCGACGUUUUACAACAUACAUCAAACUCAUACGGUCGAGCCAAAUGCAACUUCGAUUUCAGGGGACUACACAGAUGUGCCGAGAACUUGUCGAUAACUGGAAGAUUCACUCCGACCACACCUAUACCGACAGCUUCAGAUACAUUGAGCAUAUUGCCGAGUACCUAAUCAGAUCCGGGUUUAUCAACUAUUUCUUGGGAUCCAACUGCCAUCCCGAGAUCACUGUUGAAGGCGCCAACAUUGUCGGUUUUAUAAUAGUGACCAAGAAGUAUCAAAGGGAGCACAUCGACAUGAUAUGGCAAGGGAUCACCACAGGAGAGGACCCCCGUACAGUCGAUGCCCUGACGCGCAUGAUCAUCAAUAUUGCCCAUCUCUUUGACGCCGACGGCCUUCUGGCUCUUUGCGAUAGAUUCCAGACACUUCCCGUGGAUGCCUUUACGCCCCCUAUCCGAUUGUUAUGGGAGCAUGUUAUGAAGUUUGUGGCCGACAGACCCUCAGUAGGCCAACCUCUUGGGAUUCAGCCUUAUAAUCUUUGCCUACGGUUACUGAGGGAGUCUUCGAUCUCCACAUGCGGGUCGCAACUCGCAUAUCCUGAAAUGCAACAAAUCGCAACGCAUAAACUCCAGGAUUUACUAAAAUGCGGACCAGACCACGAAGGAAGACAACAAUUAUACCUUAGCUGUCUUCAAGACAUUGCGAACAAGUCAACCACCACCUUAGGCAGCCUCUACUGUCUCUCUAUAAUGAUCCGUUCGAGAGUUGUGGCCACCGAACUACACAAGUUAGUAGAAGAACACGAUUUCACAAGGCUUCUGGUGGAAGAAUUAGACCAUGCCAUCAAUUCUGGACGAGAUAUGGGUACUCAGAUGGUCCUCGCCUCACCUAUUUACCAACCCCGGAGGGAUUUUAUCGCCAUGGUCAUACAGUUGGAACCACACACCAUCACUCAAGACCUCGGCUUCAAACUUUGGGGCAUGCUUGUUGGUCCGCUAUCUCUUUCGGUUGAAGACAGACGAGCCGGUUGGGAGAUACUGAACAGUCGUAAUGGCGGAUUCAACUCUGACAACCACCCCAAUCACUUUCUUCAGACCUGUUCGUCUCUCUACCUUCCAAGCCUUCCUGCUGAAUUUUUCUGUGACGGUGUGCUGGAUUUUGUGCGGGCCGAGGUUAUGCUUCGCCUCAAUGAAAAAACAGACCUUGCCCUUGAUGAUCGGGAGGCAGUUCGUCAGAGUGGCAUUGAACAACUUUGGCGCAUAGCUCUUGAAGCUGAAGAUGAAGGCUCGGCUGAAAGAUCUCUUCAAACCCUCACAAAAGACAUCUAUAUUGAGAGUGAGUAUAUUGCUUCCGGUCCUGCGCACCGGACGCAGUCGAUCCAUUUGGCUCUGGUUGAUCGAUGUUUAAGGGAGCUGAAACAUGCUGCGAAGGAUAUCGAGACGCUUAGCCAGAAUCUCAGAGGCAAUAAUGAUGCGGAUACGGCACCUGCUACUGCAGAACAGAAGUUACAGGAAAAGGAGAGACGAUUCAUGCGCUCUUUGAGAUUCUUGCAGCACAUGUUGGAUGCUCAUCGCUUAAAGCCAAAUUUAUCCGCACCUGACAUGAGGACCCUGAUCUUCGAAGCACCCUAUGCGGUUCAGGGGGAUUCUGCGGAACUCAAGUAUCAAUCUUUUGAUGGCGAUCAGCAGACUGAUAUUAAGCCACUUGUGAUUGGAAAAGGAAACACUGCAGCUUCUUUGCUCGCUAGCCUCCGCGAAGAAACCGGGUUUGAGAACUAUCGAGUUUACUAUAGAGGCCAGCCUUUUCUACCACGUGAGGCAGACAUAUGCAAAUCUCUAGAAGAUCUCCGUGUCCAUGAUGGUCUCAUACUGGUCAGGCGUGAAGAGGCUGGUCCAGCUCUCUCUGAUCGGGUUAGACCUGGCGCCUCCUGGCUAGAGAUUGAGAUAUCUGCGCAUUUCGACGAGAUCUGGGAGUAUUUAAGCAUGAAGGAUGUGAUCGCAGAACAAAUCCUCAGCUUCCUCAUCACCUUACCGACAGACGGUCACCUCCCGAAGUGGAUCGACAACGGAAUAGCGUCGUACAACGAUGUUUUCCCUCCGGGCCAGCCUUACAAGUCCCUCUACGCUCUGCACGUCUUGGUCAAGUAUACCAACCUUUCCUCCUCUGGUUACGUCAGCAUUGAUGACAGUAUGAACGACACACCUUUGACCUCUUCUGUCACAAACACCAAAGCUCUCGAGACGGCCCUGUCCUUGAUCGUGCAUGCCAUCUCAGACAGGAACAUCUUUCAGCAAACAUCGAUGGUUAUGCGAUUGAGGCUCACGGCUACUCUACUGCAUGCGUUUCGGCAGUUCUACGACAGAAUCGUCGCUCUAGAACUACCCGCUAUCUCGAGUAGCCUGUUCAUGCCAGAUCCAGGCCGUCUCGUCGAAAUACUAUCUUAUGUUGCAAGCUGUCCUAACAAACUGUCUUCGGUCGCCGUGCCCAUCGCUCUUAAUAUGUGUUUUCGACUAAGCGUCAUGGACGGUCAAUUUUGGACGAAACUCAGCACGAACCCAGGCUUUGGUGAAGCUCUACAAUGUCUUCUACUUACCGAUGCUCGUCAGGGUAUCAGAGCGUCUGCGAUAGCAACGGUUCAAGAGCACUUCAAUCUUAUGGAGCCUGCAAUUUCUUUUUAUGAUCUAGGCAACACCAUUAACAUUUUGAUAGCAAGAUACUUUUGGGUCCUCCUUGAGGACCUCAUGAUGGAGGCAACUAAUUUCCCACAUCAGUGCGAAGAACUCUUCCAAUUGAUCCAUUUCAUAUUGGUAAAGAUCAACAAGCACGCACCUGAUUUCAUAGAUAUCGCAAAGCUUGCGACUGAAACCAGUCGACUUCUUCUGGAACAUACGACAAUCGAGACUCUGGAAUCAUUGCAUGUGGAAGAUAAGCUAGCAAAAGGUUUAGCGUCGCUUUUGUAUUUCUGUCUCCAUCUGGACGCGUCUAUCGCACUAUCUGAAGCACUCCCUAGGGAUCUUGCCAUGUCAUUGUUUUGGAAGCAGCUGUAUCCUCGCAAGUGUCUACCACGUGGAACGCCUGUGCCUAGAGUCGUUCUUAAAGCAGAAACUCGAGCCAAGCUUUGCGAGGUGAUACUCCUUCUCGUGAAGCACGACCGAGACAGGAUCCAGAUGGUCCUGGAAGGGCUUGGCCAACAAGUCCCAUUCUAUGAAGAUGAAGACGGCAUGUACUACAACGCAACAGAACCUCACUUACUAAUAUCUUACAUAGAUGACCCGUACCUCUACGAUUUAUCCUACCACUUCGAUCGAUUCAGGGCACUGCGUUCUUCAAGUGGCUACGCAGGACUGCAGAACUUGUCCAACACUUGCUACCUGAAUUCUUUACUGACGCAGCUUUACAUGAACACUGGCUUCCGACGGUUCGUGCUCAAUUGCCGUAUACGCUAUGCCGAAACUAGCCAACAGCUCCUUGAUAACACCCAGAAACUCUUUGGCCAUAUGCAGGAGAGCUAUCAUCGCUGUAUCGACCCGUCCAACUUUGUCGGUUCUAUCAAGACAUAUGACGACACUCCGAUCGAUAUCCACAAUCAGAUGGAUGUCGAUGAGUUCUAUAACCUGCUCUUCGACCGUUGGGAAAACGAGCUUCUUAGCCAAGAGGAAAAGAGAACGAUGAAAUCGUUCUACGGCGGUCAGCUUGUGCAGCAAGUGAAAUCAAAGGAAUGUGAACACAUUUCGGAGCGGCUGGAGCCCUUUUCCGCAAUUCAAUGUGAUAUCAAAGGGAAAAGCACGUUGGAGGAAAGUCUACAGGCGUAUGUAGAUGGCGAGAUCAUGGAAGGAGAUAACAAAUACAAGUGUUCAACGUGUGAUCGCCAUGUUGAUGCAGUAAAGAGAGCCUGCAUCAAAGAAGUCCCGGAAAACCUCAUCUUCCAUUUGAAGAGAUUCGACUUCAAUCUGCGUACCCUACAACGAAGCAAGAUUAACGACUACUUUUCAUUCCCCAGUCGAGUUGACAUGCGACCAUACACCAUCGAACAUUUGAGCAAUCCGGAGAGCGAUAGUGAGGAGGACAUAUUCGAACUGGUCGGUGUCCUUGUUCAUUCGGGUACCGCCGAGUCUGGACACUACUACUCCUAUAUUCGUGAGCGUCCUUCCCCAACAGAUCAACCAGGCUGGGUCGAAUUCAACGACGACAUGGUAGCUCCAUUGGACCCAGCGGAACUGGAACAUUUAACAUUCGGUGGUCCGGACAACCGUUCUCUGCACGACUCAAACGGUCUUGUAUUCGAUAAGAACUACAGUGCAUAUAUGCUGUUUUAUCAGCGAGCUUUGUCUCUUCGUGCUGAACAGGAAACAAUGGCGAGUCUCAGUGUUCCCAUGCCUCUCCGCGUCGAAGUGCCGGACAAGCUCAAAGAUCACACCAUGGCCGAGAACACACUGAUCCUCCGUCGUCACUGCAUCUACGACGAGACUAGCACGAAGUUUGUUCGUCUGUUGUUCAAUCACUCAUUGGCGUACUGCGACACUGAAUGCGAAGCUGAUGCUAGCCUGAGUCUUAAUGACUUUAUGUGCAAGUUUCAGCAGGAACAUGGACUCGAGAAUAUAGCCAUACGUACGAUGAUUGGUCAUCUGGACCAAGCUGUUACCAGAACGAAGGAUAUUCCGGAUUUUGAUUCAUAUCAAAAAAGCCUGACGAAGGCUAUCGUCUCUUGCCCGUGUUGUGCUUUCGCAUUCUACAGCUACUUUGAGGAUUAUCCCAGCGCACUUCGCAUACUACUGCAACGCCAUCCGGAUCCAGGUGUACGGAACUUUACUUGCAAAGCUUUUAUUGCUUCAGUCAAGAAGAUAUCGGAGACAUUUCCUAACGUGUACGAUCCGCGGGAACCAUAUAGUCCGGCGUCCGAUUCCGAUGGAGACGAAAGCCUUAGUAGAUUCGAUGUUUCUCCACGUUCUGUUAUUGGCGGAGUAAUGCUUAUUUUCAACCACCUCUGGCAAUUCUUUCAUGUCAACAUUAGGGCCUGGGAUGAAUACUUCGGGGCAAUUCUAGGCUUUGCUGAACUGGGCCAUCAUGAAACUGGACAUGUGUUGGCUGCAGACUUUCUGGAAAGGACCAUUCGGAUCAUCUCAGCCGAUCCCUUACAAGAACUUACCGGAGUCUGGGCUAGGAUGCUUGCUGGGGUUAUUCGACGAAACAACGGUCCAAAACCCCCUUCAUACGCAUCAAUUAUCGGACUUGCUCAGCACCUGAUAAGCAAGAUGAGUGCGGAUCUCGGGACUGACUCAAUCGAAGAAGAUCCAACAGAGCGUCUUACGCAAGCAACCGAGCCAUUCAGUUGGACAUCGCGUGAGGUAGCACUCAUAUACAAUAGUCUGGAUAACGUUUCUUGUACCAGUCUAUUUGUUGAGAAACUGCUCGCACUUGAUCAGAUGCCCAACCUCAGCGACGCCAUCAUUCGUUACUUAGUACGAUUGGACAGCAAAAUGGACGACAGGGUCCUAGCAACAUUGAAACAGUGCAUUCGUGGCGAAACUUCGACACAGGUUAUGGAUCCAUUCCUGCGUGCCGCUGUUCCUUACAUCGACAGUACCAACAAGCUGGAUAAUGCCACGGAAAUAGUGCAGCAUAUAUCCACACAGGUGAGGAGCCUCCAGAACACUGAAGGAGUGUAUUUUGUACGCUUCUUCAGAGCGGCUGUGAGUCUUGAAAAAGAAGAUGAGGGAUUUUCUGGGGUAGUUCGCUCUUACAGUCUUGGACAAGUGUCACAAUGGGUGCCUUUACUUCUUGCAUGGCCUGACCAGCAAGUUCGUCGUGCCACGAAAGACUUUCUUGAUUCCGCACUGUUCGAUGUCCUGAAGGGGAGUGGUCCGGCCAUCGACGUGGGUACUCGUGAUAAUAACGACGGCAUCAAGGAGACAACAAGACAGGUCGGGAUCAUGUGUCUCGAGUAUCUCAAAGAUCAUCACGUCCGUAGGCGGACUAGUGUCAACAGAGAAGUUGCGACUGGUUUUUUGGAAGUGAUCGAACGAUGUGGUGCGGCAGUGGAUAUGGGUUCAAAUGAAGCAAGCGACGCAGACAAAAGGUUUCACAGAUUGCACGAUGAUGUGAUCGAUCCUUUACGCAAGCUGGUCGUCGAUGACAUGGAAGACGAUGGGUCCGGUAUGUUACAGUCGUUCAGCGACUCUGAUACAAUCAUAGCAGACUUGUGGUAG